AUGGGCGGUGAAUACCAGCGUGAUAGCUAUGCGUCUUAUGUUGGGCAUACCCCAUUUGCUUACUUUGCCAUUGCGGAGAAUGAAUCCAUUGGAAGAGAACGCUACAACUUUAUGCAGUUUGAGACAUUAUAUGGGUGUUGUGGUUGGACAUCUUGUGCACAGUGCAGUGUCUUAUAUAUAACUUACUGCAGACGUGAUAUACUGGAAAAGAAGUUGGCCGAUGCCGAAGUCUCUGAGGAAGAACAGAACAACUUAUUGAAGUAUUUGGAGAAGAAGGAAACAGAAUACAUGCGCCUUCAGAGGCAUAAGAUGGGUGCUGAUGAUUUUGAGCCGUUGACAAUGAUCGGGAAAGGUGCAUUUGGAGAGGUUAGAGUCUGCAGGGAGAAGGCAACUGGUCAUGUCUACGCUAUGAAGAAACUUAAGAAAUCAGAAAUGCUUCGUAGAGGACAGGUUGAACAUGUGAAAGCUGAAAGGAAUCUACUUGCAGAAGUUGAUAGCAAUUGCAUUGUCAAACUAUAUUGUUCAUUUCAAGAUGAUGAGUACUUGUAUCUAAUCAUGGAAUAUCUGCCUGGAGGAGAUAUGAUGACUUUAUUAAUGCGCAAAGAUACACUAACAGAAGAUGAGGCUAGGUUUUAUGUGGGGGAAACUGUCCUUGCUAUAGAGUCUAUCCAUAAACAUAGCUACAUUCAUAGAGAUAUCAAGCCUGAUAACUUGCUGCUUGAUAGAAAUGGUCACAUGAAACUAUCAGAUUUUGGACUAUGUAAACCAUUAGACUGCAGUAAUCUUCAGGAAAAGGACUUUUCUGUGGGAAACAACCUCAGCGGAGCUCUUCAGAGUGAUGGACGUCCAGUGGCUCCAAGACGAACACAACAAGAACAACUGCAGCAUUGGCAGAGGAACAGGAGGAUGCUUGCUUAUUCUACUGUUGGAACGCCAGACUAUAUUGCGCCUGAGGUUUUAUUGAAGAAAGGAUAUGGAAUGGAAUGUGACUGGUGGUCUCUUGGUGCCAUCAUGUAUGAAAUGCUUGUGGGAUAUCCACCCUUUUAUUCUGAUGAGCCAAUGUCAACUUGUAGGAAGAUAGUAAAUUGGAGAACUCAUUUAAAAUUUCCAGAAGAGGCAAAACUAUCUCCCGAAGCAAAAGAUCUUAUUAGUAAACUCUUGUGUAAUGUUGACCAGAGGCUUGGUACAAAAGGCGCAGAAGAAAUUAAGGCUCACCCAUGGUUUAAAGGUAUAGAGUGGGACAAAUUAUACCAAAUGAAAGCUGCAUUUAUUCCCGAAGUCAAUGAUGAGCUGGAUACUCAAAACUUUGAGAAGUUUGAAGAGGCUGACAACCAAAUUCAAUCUUCAACAAGAUCAGGUCCAUGGAGAAAGAUGCUCUCAUCCAAGGAUAUAAAUUUUGUGGGCUACACAUAUAAGAACUUUGAAAUUGUAAAUGAUCAUCAAUUACCUGGAAUUGCUGAAUUGAAGAAGAAGAACAAUAAACCUAAGAGGCCCUCCAUCAAGUCCCUUUUUGAAGAUGAGUCGGCUACAGUAAAUCAGCCUGUUCAUGGGAGCUUUUUAAACCUUUUGCCUACACAAAUAGAAGCUCCAGAGAAGGAGGGUAAAUCUCACUGAGCUUCAGUGUCAUGUUCCUCACAUAAGAUGGCUGUAAAAGCCCAAGAAAAGAGAGGAUUUAUGUUCUAUGGUGAAUAGCUUUUGUUUCGCCGCUCCCUGCAUUUCAUGUUUUUAAGAGUGGAAGUUUCCAGGGGCAAAGGCCCCAAAAACGAGUGGGUUUGAGGUACUAAUUGGCUUUUGGGUAAGAAAGAUGGAAUUGUGAUCUUUGUAAAAUAGUAAAUAUUCUUUGAUAUUUGUUAUGUAUUUUUUCAUUAUUC